GAUUAUUACUUUUCCCAUUUCGGGAAAUGGUAGUGUGGAGGAAAGAUUUGAUAUUUGACUUUUUAAUCCACUGGUUGAGCUUUGAGGAAGGAAGGUCAAUUUGAAUCUGGGGUUUAAUUUGAAGUUGUUUUGGCAACAAUGGGGUGUGCGACUUCAAAGCAAACACUUUGUGCCAAGUGCAACGCCCCCUGCUCUCCCGCCCGCCGGAGGAACUCAACCCACGGCGGCGAGUUCCACCACGCCGUCGCCCUCACAUCCUCCACCAUUGGAUCUCUCGUGCUCGACUCCCCGAGCCAGAAUCAGAUCCGUCGGAUCAACCGCAGCACCUGCGACGACAACAAGGGCUUAGGAUUGGUGGAGUCCAAAGCGUGGUCGGAGAUGAUCAACCAUAAAAUCGAGAGGGUUGUUCCCAAGACGCCUAUCCAAACUCCUCCGGGCGAGCCCGAAACGAUCAAUGCUUGGGAACUGAUGGAGGGCCUCGAAGGCAUCAGCCCUAACCCUUCCUUUGUCCGAAGCUUCUCCUUUGAUCUUUCCCCUAAUUUGUGUCCCUUCCAUUGCGAUGAUCGGCCCACACCCAAAGCAACAUCAUCUGAGACAAGUGAUGAAUGGAAAGAAUUGACUCAAAAGGAUAAAGAAACAUCACAUGAGGAGAACAAUGAGAAGCCGGUGAAGAAGAGAGUCGUGGUCUACUUCACGAGCCUGAGGGGGGUGAGAAAGACGUACGAAGAUUGUUGCGAAGUCAGGGCAAUUUUGAAGGGGGUGGGGGUGAAGAGCGACGAAAGGGACUUGUCUAUGGACUCCGGGUUCAAAGAGGAGUUGAAAGAGCUUCUUGGGGAUGGCUACAAUAGUAGUGGCUGCUUGCCAAGGGUGUUUGUGGGGAGAGAGUGCCUCGGCGGGGCUGAAGAGAUCAGGCGAAUGCACGAGAACGGGCAGCUUGAGAUGGCCACACAAGGAGGAAAGGAAAACCUAGGAAGAUCGGAUCGACGAUUGAUCAAUCGCAAGCUAACCAUGGAUCUUGAACCGAAUGAUCACUCGGAGAAGAAGGUCGUUGCUCCUAAUGGCGAAAUUGAAGAUCAGAUUGAGGACUCUAUAGGUGGUGUCCAGCAGAAAUCAUAUGCAGAUGUUCUCAAGCAGACUCAACCCUUUCAGGUAGAUCUCAAAUUUAUUCAAUCAGAUGAGAUAGGUGGUCAGAGAGUAGCAAAAUUUACAAAGGAUGAUAUAAUUGAAGACUGUGGGAUCUGGGACCAAGCUGUAGUAUGUUGUGUUCUUGGGGCUAACCCCCCUUUAGAGGUCUUUAAAGGUUUUGUUACUCGGAUCUGGAAAGCUUAUAAUAUUGUUGAUGCAUCAUUUGCAAAGGAGGGUCAGUUCAAUGGCUGUUUCAAAACUGUAAUGUCUGUCUCAAAACUGUGGAGGAGAGGAAUAAGAUAAGUAAACGAAAGUCUUACUUCUUCGAUAACAAACCUAUGCUAGUUUAGAAUUGGGUCUCUGGUAAGGCAAUUGAUACCACAAAACUGAGUGAUAUAUAUCAAUUUGGAUCCAAUUCCCUAACCUCUAAAUGAAGUGUUGGAGUUUAU